AUGUUUCAAUCGACAAUUUCCCGAUCUUUAAUAGCUGAAAAUGGUGUAAGUACUGAUAUUGAACCUCCAGAUUAUCUAUUUUCCCCCACGGUUAGUAUAACAUCACCUUCGGAUUUAUCAUCUCAAGAACAUAUAAGUGGAUAUUUUGAUAUCGUACAAAGUGGUACCAACUCCAGUAAUCAGAGUGUUAGUGGUGGCAGUUCAGUAUUGGCUGAUCCAACCACCGAAUAUGUCCAAUGGGAAGAUACUAUUCUUGCCAACACCGAUAAAAUCAAAGAUUUAACGAAGUAUGGUAGUCCUAUCGCCAAAAACAUCAAGAUUAGGAUCCAACUCACCGAGGAUGUGGGACAGCUUGGAGUUCAACCGAAAAUUAUCGAUCCUUCAACCAUAAAACUUCAACAAAAUGAUUAUGUUUAUGGAUUCGUUACCGUUAAAAACGAAAAUACUUUCAAUUUACCUUUUGAAAUGUUUUGUGUUUCAUUUGAAGGGGAUAUCACUCUAGAAGCUGGUCAACCCGAUACUCCUCCAUCAAUCAAAAAAAUCUUAACAAUGUUUGAUUUUAACGCAUCAUGGUCUGAUGGUACUUUGGAUAGGUUUCCAGAAGACAACAAUAAUCCCCAUGAACCUUUGAAACAUGAUAUUGAUCCUGUGGAUGGAACAUGUAUCCAACUCAAUCGAAAUAAGGUUCUUCUUCCAGGUAUCACUUAUAAGAAAUUCUUUGCGUUCAAAUUACCAGAGAAACUUUUGGAUUAUUCAUGUCAAACUCAUAAUUCCAUCAAACAUCUCCAAAUACCUUCAAGUAUCGGCAAGUGUCGUAAUGAAAUUAUCAGUGAUGGUAGAAGAGCUAAACUUUUUGGAGAAAAAAUCACAUUAGAAAGAUUGGUCAAACCUACUGAUCUAGGAUUCGUCAAUUCUACCGUCAGUUAUAGCAUAAGUGCUCGGAUCCUAGGUAAAUCCAAAGAUUAUAAGUUUUAUGAUCCUGAUGCCAAACAUGAAAAUGAGUUGGUCAUAGCCAAUCAAAUGCAACAAUUCAUCAAGGUACUUCCUCAUGAUCAUCCGUUAUUUGUUGUAAAUCGGAAAAUGAUUGAAGAAGAAGCCAUGCUUAAUCAUAUCAAUCGAAUCAAUAAGAUUGAACAAAUAAUUCAUACAUAUACUGCCAUGCAUCAGCCUGAUCUCGAAGUAGUGAAAUCUGAAGUAUCGGAAUUAAACAAACUCAAAAAUUCCUAUUUCGAAACGGUUGAAACUCCAAGACAAGAUACUUAUCAGGUAUUCACCAGUCAUAAGGUUAAGAAGAAUGUAUUGAAAACCAGUUUAAAGGGGUUGAUCACCAUUUCCACACCUAAAACCACAUAUCAGGUAUUUCCGCAAUUGCAUCAUCUGGUCAAAGAUCUAAAACCCGUGGCUGAAUCAGAAGUCCGGAUCCCUUUUCAAAUAUCUUAUAUGACCAAGGAUAUGGACCUUCUGACAUUGAAAUUCAACACUUCAGUGACAUUGGUUGCAUCCACCAUCAAAUCUCAGUACCCUAUUCCUGCAGUAUUCUAUCCUGACAUGAUGUUUGAAAAUAAUGGUAAGGAGAACGAUAACUUUUCAUACUUAACCAUUCGAAGAUUCCACGAUUACAGGAAACAAUUGUCGAAGAUAUUAAGGAAUAAGCAGCUUACUAGUGAAGAGAAAACUUUACUCAGUGACGUCAGGACGUUAUCGAGUUUAAAGGUGAUUUACAAAUACCUACAGGUUAGGGAUACGAUUGUAGAGGGUGCAGGCCAAGAUGUGGUUACGGAAACCGUCACAGACCUGACCACAGGCUCGGCCACACACCGGACCUCACAUAACAAACCUACAACCAUCAACGAUAUUGAUUGGAAAAUCGAUACCGAAAAAUCAGGAACUGAUGGAAUGAUCUUUACCAAAAACUUCAUCUUAUCCUUAAACAUAGCCAAUACUUACAAAGAAUCAUCCCAAGAUUUCGUGCUUCUUCCUGAUUUCCAAAAUUGUUACAUGUGUAGAUUAUAUCAUCUCGUUAUAGAAUUCAAUGGUACUGCCAUCAAAGUACCAUUAAGAGUUCAACACCCAUAUAGAUAG